AUGGCCAGCCGAAUCUUUACACCCAUGCUUCGCCAGGCUCUCCGAAUCUCACAGCGAAACGUUGUCGCAGCACCAUGCCGUCGUUUUCUGAACACUGAGACAGCACCUCACCUCUACUCUGCGCGCGCCAAAGUUGUCGGAGCACGGACAGGCCAUGUCGACGGUGAAAACCUCAAAGUGGAAUUGACAAUGGCCAAGGCUCUCGGUGGCGCAGGCGACAAGGGAAAAACCAAUCCCGAAGAGCUCUUCGCUGCGGGAUAUGGUGCAUGCUUCCAAUCCGCAAUGAAUGCUUCCGCAGCCUCGCUCGGCAUCAAGAUGCCCACCACGCCCAAAGACUCUAUUGUAGAAUCGACAGUCGAGCUUGUUGGCAGCAUGAAGGAACUCGACCUGGGGCUGCGUGUCAACUUGCUAGUCAAAGUACGAGGUCUCUCUGAGCAGGAACUAGAGAAAGUAGUCAACAAGGCAAGAGAAGUGUGCCCGUACAGCAGGGCAACACAGGGAAAUGUUCAUACGACUAUAAAGUGUGAGACUAUGUAG